UUUUUCUUUUUCAUGACUCAAUCAAUCAAUAACCAUUCUUUUCAUACAACCUAUCAAAUUCUUCAUUAUGAUAGUGAUAGUGAAUAUGAUACUACACAAGAAGACCAACCAUCAGAAACUCAAGCUUUAUUAGGUUUAUCUAAUCAAACUGAUCAUACUCGUUAUAUGGCAGCUUCACCAAUUCAACCUCAAGAUGACUUUGAACCAAGAGAUACCUGGACUUUAUUCAAAGUACGAUCUAAAUAUUAUCUUCCUAUACUUCAAUGGUUACCAAUGUAUAAUUGCAAUCUCUUUUUUGGUGAUUUAUUUGCUGGAUUAACAAUUUCUUGUUUGAUGAUUCCUCUUGGUCUUUCUUAUGCUACUGCUUUAUGUAAAUUGGAAGCUAUUCAUGGUCUUUAUGGUAUUGCCUUUCCUGCUAUUACUUAUGCUAUAUUUGGAACAUCAAGACAAAUGUCAGUUGGUCCAGAAGCACCCCUUGCACUCCUAGUUGGCUCUUCAAUUGCACAACAACAACAUAUGAAAGAUUAUCAAAUAGAUCCUCUUGCAUGGGCAUGUCUGAUGACUUUCUUUAUUGGACUUUUUACCUUCCUUUUGGGUAUUUUCCGUUUGGGUUUUUUGGAUAGUUUAAUGAGUCGCGCACUUUUACGAGGCUUUAUCACUGGUGUGGCUAUUGUCGUGAUGGUACAACAAUCUAUUAUGUUACUUGGACUCGUAGAACAAAGCAACAAGAUGGGAUUAACAGAAGCAUCUACUUCUUUGGAACGUUUGGUCUUUUUAUUCAAUAACAUUCAAUACGCUCAUCCUUUAUCAUCUAUGGUAUCCAUUAUUUCCAUUCUCUUUUUAUUAUGUGUACGUACUAUCAAAUCCAAAUGGUAUCAAUCAAGUCGUUGGAUGCAACUAUUACCUGAAGUGCUUUUUAUGGUCAUCACAGCUAUCUUAUUGACAUGGUACUUUCGUUGGGAUCUUGAAGGUUUACAAAUUUUGGGUCAUAUCAAGAAUUCUGGGAUUCCUAUACCUUCUAUCCCUUCCUUUCCUCCAAGUAAACAUAUGAAGGAUAUGUUAGUGACAGCCGCUAUGAUCGCUAUCAUUGGAUUUGUGGAAUCUAUCGUCAUUGCCAAAACUUAUUCAAGCCGUCAUAACUAUUCAGUCAGUGCCAAUAGGGAACUGGUUGCUCUUGGAAUGGCAAAUAUUGCAUCUGGAUUAUUUCAAGGGAUUCCUGCUUAUGGUUCAGUAGCUAGAAGCAAAAUCAAUGAUCGAGCAGGUGCAAGUACUCAAAUGGCGGGACUUAUCAGUGGAUUAGUAGCAGUAAUGGCGAUAUUAUUUCUAUUGCCAUAUUUUUACUAUUUACCAAGAACAGUACUAUCAUCCAUCAUCUUUGUAGCAGUAUUAUCCUUAUUAUCGGAGCUACCAGAAGACUUACAUUUUAUCUUCAAGAUCGGGGCUUGGCGUGAUCUGGCUUUACUUUUGGUGACCUUUACUGCAACCAUGAUUAUCUCUUUAGAAUUUGGCACCUUACUAGCUGUGACAUUGUCUUUAAUUUUGACCAUUCGGGAAACAAGUUAUCCAAGAAUAUCUAUGAUGGGUCGAGUAAAAGGAACAAGAAACAAAUUUAAACCUAUUCAAGGGGAUUCCUCUAUUGAACAUUUAGAAGAUGUAUUGAUUAUCCGAAUUGAAGAACCUCUCUUUUUUGCCAAUACAGGUCAAUUGAAGGAAAGGUUAAGAAGAUUGGAGAUUUUUGGUGAUAUGUCAAUACAUCCUUCUGAAAGUCCUCGAUUAAAUGAAUCAUCAUUUACUAUAUUUGAUGUUGGAAGUAUGCCUUAUAUUGAUGCUAGUGCUGUUCAAAUCUUGAUGGAAAUUGUAUUGGCAUAUCAUGCUCGGCAAGUUAGUGUUUUCUUUGUUAAACUACGAUCAAGACCUAUGGCUACUUUUGAAAAAUCUGGAUUAUUAGACUUAGUGGGAAAGGAUCAUAUUUUUAGCAAGGUAUCGGAUGCCAUAGAAGCCAUUGAAAAGGAAAUUACCGUAUGAUUAUGUCAUAUGAUAGUUAAUUAUUAUUAUAUAGUACAGAUUUAUAUAGUUAUCAACAACCUUUUAUAUACACAUAUAUUCAAUAGAAACAAAAAAUCAUCCUCAUUGAUUAUUUCAAUAAAUGCAUUGUAUUAAAAAAAAAAAAAAAGAAAGAUUUGAAUAGAUCUCUUUCGAAUCAUAAUCUUUUCUGAUUGGUUGUACUGAAAUCUCUCCCAUGCUUCCUUCCGAACAUCUCAUCUCAGCCACCCCGCCUUGGUUUUAAAAUU